AUGGGUGUUCCUAAGUUUUUCCGCUGGCUCAGCGAGCGGUACCCCGCCAUCUCGAUGCUCAUCGCAGAGAGUCGCAUUCCCGAGUUCGACAAUCUAUAUCUCGAUAUGAACGGUAUUAUCCACAACUGCACCCAUAAAGAUAGUGACUCGCCGACAUUCCGCAUGACUGAAGAGCAAAUGUUUAUCGCGAUUUUCAACUACAUCGAGCACUUGUUUGGAACAAUCAAGCCUAAAAAGCUGUUUUUCAUGGCCGUGGACGGUGUGGCGCCGCGUGCAAAGAUGAACCAACAACGUGCGCGUCGUUUCCGGACGGCUCUAGAUGCCGAGAACGCGAAGAACAAGGCCGUCGAGCAAGGCCUGGAGAUGCCAAAAGAAGAUGCAUUUGACAGCAAUUGCAUUACCCCCGGUACCGAGUUCAUGCAAAAAUUGACGCAACAAUUGAAAUAUUUCAUCAACAAGAAGAUUUCCGAGGACACAGACUGGCAGGGUGUGGAGAUUGUGCUUUCCGGCCAUGAGGUCCCCGGCGAGGGCGAGCACAAGAUCAUGGAAUACAUCCGAAAUGCGAAAGCACAACCCGACUACGCCCCGAACGUGCGUCACUGUCUCUACGGCCUGGACGCGGAUUUGAUCAUGUUGGGUCUGCUCAGCCAUGAUCCUCAUUUCUCCUUGCUCCGCGAGGAGGUGACCUUUGGCCGUCAAACAAAAUCCAAACCGAAAGAGCUCGAGCAUCAGAAUUUCUAUCUGUUGCAUUUGAGUCUGGUUCGCGAAUACCUAGAGCUAGAAUUCCAGGAGCUGAAAGAGCCCGGCGCUCUGAACUUUCCAUUCGACAUGGAACAUGUGAUUGAUGACUUCAUCCUCAUGGCGUUUUUCGUUGGAAACGAUUUCUUACCUAAUUUACCCAACUUACACAUCAACGAGGGCGCGCUCUCUCUCAUGUUCACGAUCUACAAAGACGUUCUGCGAAAGAUGGGUGGGUAUAUCAACGAAGAGGGUGUGAUCAAUCUGAAACGGUUGGGUACUCUUGUGGAAGCAAUGAGCGUCUUCGAAUAUAGGUUCUUCGAAAGCGAGAACUCAGAUGCGCAGUGGGUCAAGUCCAAGAGGAAUGGCAAUGACGGCUCCUUAGAGCUGCAACAGAAGCCGAAAGAAUUAACAAUCACCUCUGCGCAAAAGGAUAUCCUCAAGCAGAUCAAGCAGUACGUGUCGAAUCGAUCUGGAAAGAGUGCCGAACUGAAGCCCCUGGACUUCCCUCCCACCCUUCCAGCCCGCGACCGCGCCUUUGUGGAACGCAUGGCGGAUGAAUUGCGGGUGCCCUGGUCUACCACGGAGACCGAGACUGGUGAUCGUUUCAUGAGACUUCAGCUACUCCAACCUCAAAAUGACGACGACGAAAGUGAUGACGAUGACGAAGAAGCAUCUAUGGCUAUUCAUCGUAUCAUUAGAAAGUACGAGAAAGCCAAGAUCCAGGAAAUGACCCCGGAGGAGGCACAACGGAAGGCAGAGGAGAAAUAUGAUGCCAAGUUCCGGGAGUGGAAAGACAACUACUAUCGGUCUAAGUUUGGUUGGGGUCUCGACAACGAGGAGGAAUUGACAAAGCUGGCUGAAAACUAUGUGCAAGGAUUGCAGUGGGUCUUGUUUUACUAUUAUCGGGGUAUCGCCUCAUGGCCCUGGUUCUUCAAGUAUCACUAUGCUCCUAUGAUCUCAGAUAUUGUUAUGGGCUUGGGUGUCGACAUGAACUUCCGACUUGGACAGCCGUUCCGCCCGUAUGAUCAGCUGAUGGGCGUCUUGCCCGAUCGCAGUAAAAAGAUUGUGCCUACCGCUUAUUGGGAUUUGAUGACAUCCCCCAAAUCCCCCAUCAUUGACUUCUACCCCAGAGAUUUCGAUCUGGAUAUGAAUGGAAAGAAGAUGGAGUGGGAGGCUGUGGUCAAAAUUCCUUUUAUCGAUGAGAAACGACUAUUGGAUGCAUUGAAAACCAAAGAGAACGCCCUCACUCCAGACGAGAAGGCACGAAACACUUUUGGUGUCAGUCUCAAGUUCACCUAUUCGCCUGACUUGAAUUUCAUCUACCCCUCCUCGAUGCCUGGCGUGUUCCCCGACCUUCCGAACUGCCACUGUGUCGAGAAUGUCUUCGAUCUUCCCGUCAUGGAUGGCCUAGAGCCGUACAACGGGCUGAUGGAUGGUGCUUACCUGGGCAAGGCAGCUUUGGCAGGCUUUCCUAGCAUCAAGACGCUUCCUCAGGUUGGCCAACUCGGCUUCCACGGUGUUACUGUGUUCCAACAAGAAAGUCGCAAUGAGAGUCAGGUUGUCACUCUUCUUGACCCUGGCAGCCGUUCCAGUAUUGAAUUGGCCAAAACAAAGCUUGGCAAGCGUGUCCAUGUCGGGUAUCCCACUCUGCAAGAGGCUCUUGUGAUCCGUGUUUCGGAUGAGCUCUUUGACUAUAUUCUGCCCGAGGGCGAGCAGCAUGUUGUGUCGAUCCCCCACACCCCGCAGCAAAUCGAGCAGUGGAAGAAGAAGGCGACCAAGAUCGAAGGCACUUACAGCAAGCGCCUUGGAAUGAUCAUUGGUGACGUUGAAGCCUUGGUUCACAUUCAGUUGCUGAAAGGCAUGAACAAGACCGAAGACGGCGCCACAAUCAAGGAAUUUGCAGAUAUCCCCGGACAGGAGACCGACUAUGCUCUUCAAGUUGUCGUUGAUGAAGUGGUUCAUCCCGAUGAGCGCUUUAUUGAGCGUGAAGCAUUGCCGAUCGAGGAAGAGUUCCCGGAAAACUCUCGUGCCUUCUUCUUGGGCGAUUUCAACUACGGACGACCUGUCCAUAUUACUGGUCACGAAGAUGGCAAGGUCAACGGAUUGAUCGCAGCUGUGAAAGGCCGCGAACCUGAGUUUGGAAAAGAGCGUGUUAAGGAAGUGGAGCGGUACUCCCCUUACAUGCCAUCUUAUGCGAUUGCUCGCAAUCUUCGCCUCAACCCCCCUGGUGCUAGCCAAGAUUACCUCCUCGCCCGGGGACAAAAGGUCCUAGGAUACUCGCGUCGUGGCGACAACGGCUGGGAGUUCAGUCAAAAGGCGGUUGAUCUGCUGCACCAGUAUAUGAUCAAAUUUCCUGACUUCAUUGCUGGAAUCCAGCGCUGCCCUCAACAAGACCGCUAUUCUCCAACUGAUUUCUACUCGGAGGAAGAUGCCCUCCUCAAAAUGAAGGAGAUACGUGAUUGGCUCAAAUCGAUCGAAGCCAAAAACUUCGAGAGAGUCCCCCUUGAUGCAGAGCAACUGGACUCGGACAUGGUCGGGCUGAUCGAACGUGAUUCUGAUGGUCUGUCGCAGUCACAGGCUCCAAUGCAGCCCAAGAAGGUCCGUGGUGUUCCUCGCAGUGCUCUUCUUCGCCCCGCCGAUGCAGAGCAUCGCCUGAACAACCAGACUUUCAAACUUGGCGACCGUGUUGUGUACGCCCAAGACUCCGGUAAGGUGCCUAUUGCAACCCGUGGCACAGUUGUCGGUCUUACCCGAACCCCGAGGACACUUCUCCUCGACGUGGUCUUUGAUGUUUCCUUUAUGAGCGGAACCACCCUGGGAGACCGCUGCUCGCCCUUCCGCGGACAGACAGUGCUCGCAUCAUCUGUAUUGAACAUUUCCUAUCGUCAGCUCAUCGCUAGCUCCCGUGCCGCUACUAGCCAACAGGGCCAACAGGACCAGGCCACCACUGGAUAUGGUAGACCCCUUGGACCGAAUGGAGAGGGCCAGCUGAAAAACGCCCCGGUCCCUCCACCCCUGAGAGGUUCUUUCCGUGGUGCUCUUGGUGGUCGUGGCGGUAUGCGCAAUGGCCAGACUUCCGAACUUCCUUUCCAUCCCCGAGGCAAUGGUGGUCCUCCACGGGGACCCCGAGGCCGAGGCCGCGGUGGACAGCAGCAUAACAAUGGCGGCUAUGUCUCGGUCGAUAACAGUGACCCCUCUGACGGGAUCAUCCAGCACAACCCCGACUUCCGCCCGCAAAACUACACUAAUGUCCCGCCCCCACAGGGGAUUGACCAGCAGCGCGGCCGUGGCCGGGGACGCGGUCGUGGUCGAGGGAACGGGUCUCGCGGCGGUCGGGGACGUGGCCGAGGUGCUGCCACUGAAAGCUCCUAG